UUUGACAGCUAAACGUUUCUCCAGCACGCAUCUUACUGUCAACCGAUGUCAGCCUAGUAAACAAUCCGCUAUUUUCUUAUUAACAUUUUAUUAAAUAAAUAUCCAAAUGGAGGACGUACAAAGACAUUCAGUUCACACUUUAGUGUUUCGGUCGCUGAAACGAUCUCACGAUAUGUUUGUAUCCAAUCAGGCAAUGCUGCCUGAAGUUGACGAAGACCUCGAACGCGUAAAGAAAUCCAUAAAAGCACGCGACAGUUACGGCCUGGUAUUCGAUCGAGUAAAGAAAGCAAAUGCAACGCGACAGAAACAACAACUGGAUGCAUCUUCAUCGGUUGAAACGCCUUCCAACGAAACAGAAGAGCCUCAAACUGCCAUUCAACCGUACGAACCACAAAAAAGUCUCGUUCCGAUUGCCGCACAUCCAUCAAACACAUCAAAUGUUACAUCGAAUCUUCAGUUGAUACCGAAGAAGGCACCGACCAUACCCAAACCGAAAUGGCACGCACCAUGGAAAUUGUAUCGCGUUAUAUCCGGCCAUUUAGGAUGGGUACGAUGUGCGGCUGUCGAACCGGGCAAUGAAUGGUUUGCAACUGGAGCUGCUGAUCGGGUGAUUAAAAUUUGGGAUUUAGCCAGUGGCAAAUUGAAACUGUCUCUGACUGGUCAUGUCAGUACGGUCAGAGGUCUUGCAGUCAGCCCUACUCAUCCGUAUUUAUUCAGUUGCGGUGAAGAUCGACAAGUGAAGUGCUGGGAUUUGGAGUACAAUAAGGUCAUCCGCCAUUAUCACGGUCAUUUGUCGGCUGUAUAUUCGUUGGCAUUGCAUCCAACAAUCGACGUACUAAUUACGGCCGGCAGAGAUUCGACUGCACGUGUCUGGGAUAUGAGAACAAAAGCGAACAUUCACACGCUGACUGGUCACACCAACACUAUUGCCAGUGUUGUGUCCCAAUCAUCCAAUCCUCAAAUCAUCACCGGCAGUCACGAUUCAACGGUACGAUUAUGGGAUCUGGCCGCCGGCAAAAGUGUAUGCACUCUAACCAAUCACAAGAAGAGCGUGCGAAGUGUCGUACUGCAUCCAACUUUGUACAUGUUUGCAUCCGCCUCACCCGACAACAUCAAACAGUGGACGUGUCCCGAAGGUAAAUUCGUGCAGAACAUCUCCGGCCACAGUUCAAUUGUCAAUUGUAUGGCCGUGAAUCCGGAUGGUGUGCUAGUGUCUGGCGGUGACAAUGGUACACUGUUCUUUUGGGAUUGGCGUACCGGCUACAAUUUCCAAAGAUUUCAAGCUCCUGUUCAGCCCGGUUCGAUGGACAGCGAAGCCGGCAUCUUUUCGAUGACUUUCGAUCAGUCCGGUACGCGGCUGAUCACCACCGAAGCGGAUAAAACGAUUAAGGUGUACAAGCAAGAUGACGAAGCAUCGGAAGAGACGCAUCCGAUCAAUUGGCGACCGGAAAUCAUUAAACGACGCAAAUUUUAAAACGGAAAAUAAAAACCAUUGAGGAAGUGAA